UGGAAGGCUUAGUAGGGUGGCGCUGCUCAUAGAUGUAGCACCACCCGCAGCGGCACGUGCCGCUUGUUUCCUCCCUUAACGCUUCUGGUUGGUGGCCUGGGGAUCCCCACGUGCAUGCCUGCAAAGAAGAAGAAAAGGGUCGGCGGCGGCGGAUGCGUGACCGUGUGGUUGUUUGCCUGCGAGCUGGGGACUCUCCUGCUGGUUUUGCCGCACCGCCAACUGCGGAGCUUUUGCUCAGCCCCCGAGCACCUUUGCCGGCUGCUAUGCUGUGGAAUAGCUGGGACUGCCCCUCAAGCUCUAGUCCUGUGCCCUCCGGUGCCUUUUUCCUCCUUCAUGACUACUCCUCCGCCGGUGGCGGCGGCGGCAGCCGUCCUGGGGAGGCUCACGGCCCCUGGGCCUCCUGAACAUGCUGCUUUGGCAGCCGAUCCCCCCGUGAGCGCGGCUAGCGGGAAGCAGGAGCCCCGGGCAGUGCUGCCCACUCAGAGAACGGCUCCCUCUCCCUCCUGUCCGGCGAUUCCCACGGGCAGCCCUGUUAGGCUUGUCCUGAAUCCUGCGGGCGCCAGGCUUCCCCUUAGUUUCGUCCCAUCCUUCGCUCCUCAACCCCGAGUGCUGCCUGCCCCCAUAGGACUCAAGGUAGCCCCCUCGACUCCGGGGCAGCAGCUCCCCAAGUCUAGCAACAUGGGUGUGAGGCAGGCAGCCCCUCCCUCGGGAGGACCCAAAUCCGCACAAAUGACAAUACAAUUGCCUGCUAAUUUUCAGAUCCCCCAAGGAAUGAUUCUGGUCAGAAGUAAUACCGGUCAAUUAAUGUUGAUAUCUCAACAAGCAUUAUUACAAGCUCAGAGUCAGACCUCAAAUAAUACCAGUGUAAGAUGCUCAAUACCUCCAACUGCACCUACCAUCAAAAUUCAGCCUGUACAGAGUUCUGGAACUCAGGUAUUUAAAGUACUAACGGCUCCUGUUAAAACGCUGUCUUGGGCAACUCAUUCUAUUACUUCCACUGUUAAGAAGCCUGCUGUAAUUCAGUGUGUAACAUCACCAAAUAUUAUAGGCUCGACCACAAAGUCAUUGGUUGCUGGAUCAUCAGCAAAGCCUCCUGUUUCUGACUCUCCCAUGUUGGCUUUCACUUCAAAACCAGUUGCUGAUACAGAUGACCCCAAAGUCACCCAGCCUUUCAGUUAUACAGAAAUGCUGGAAAAUGUGAAAAAGUGCAAAAACUUCCUUGCAACACUAAUAAAGCUGGCCUCCAGUGGACCUCAAGCACCUCAGAUGGGGCAGAAUGUGAAGCAUCUGGUUCAAAGUCUGUUGGAAGCUAAAAUUGAGCCAGAAGAAUUUACCAAAGAACUAUAUGUGGAACUAAAGUCUUCUCCCCAGCCAAAUCUUGUUCCCUUUCUCAAGAAAAGUUUACUUGCUUUACGGCAAUUAAUGCCUAACACAGAGACCUUUAUAGAACAAUGUCUUCAGCAAUCUGCCCCUCAAACAGCUUCUUCUACUUAUCCCACUGCAUCAUCAACUUCUUCCACAGUUGCUGACGGCACUUUGGCCUCCUCUCAAUUGGCAACAUCAGUCCCCAGCUCUCCACUUCAAAUGUCUUCUCCACAGACAUCCGUUUCGGUACCCUGCGCGACUACAACAAAUGAUUCUGUGUCUCUUCCACUUGUUGAGCCAGCUUGUGCCUUGGCUGCAGGAGCACUCUCUUAUCAAGAUGACAAGUCCAUCCUCUCCACUCAACUGAUUGAAGGAAUCAAUACCAUGAAGGCCAUGCAGCCAACUUCCACUACAGAGGAGACGGGAACAGUUUCUCUUCCGGUAGCAAAGCCAGACUGUAACCCAACAUUACCUUCAACUGUUACUACUAGUUCUAUGAAGUCAGCCCCAUCAGCUGGGAUGACAUCAUUUGAAGUGGCAAAACUGGCCUUGACUACUACAGCAACCUCUGCUACAUCAGUAACCACAACUGUCCAACCUGUCCUGCCUAUCACUGGGACACCAACCCCUGUACGGGUUGCCCAUCCCAAUUCUUCCCUUCCCCAGCCAAUUUGGACUUCUCAGGCUGUAAAACAGUUGGCAGUCCAGCAACCCUCUGGAAGCAUCUUAAGAAAUGUGGCCAAGCAUCAGCAGGUUUCUACUCUCCCUAAUGUGAACAAGUUAUGUGAAAAAAGACCAUUGGAUGCUUUUAUCCAAGGCUCCAUUGUGAAACAAAUUACCUUGGCAGGAAACAAAUUUCUGUCGCUUGAAGCAUCUCCUGUUCAGAGAAAUAAAAUAAGAGAGAGUGGAACAACAUCCUUCAGGGAAGAAGAUGACAUUAAUGAUGUGGCUUCUAUGGCUGGAGUUAACUUGAAUGAAGAGCAUGCAUGCAUAUUGACAACAAAUUCUGACGCAAUUGGUACUGUUUUGUGCUCUUGUCCAGACAAGCUCCUCCUCUCUUCAGAGGCAUUGCAGAAGAGGAUCUUAAAAAAAGGUAAAAGGCAUGACAUUAUGGAAGUUAAUUCUGAUGUUCUGAACUUGAUCUCCCAUGCUACACAGGAGAGAUUAAGAGGACUUCUAGAAAAACUAACUUUAAUUGCCCAACAUCGUAUAAGGACCUAUAAGGGGAAUGACAGGUACAUUUUAUCUAAUGAUACGCGGUCUCAACUUCAGUUUCUUGAACAAUUGGAUCAGGUUGAAAAACGGAGGAAAGAUGAAGAAGAAAAAGAAGAGUUGCUCCGAGUAGCCAAGAGCCGUUGCAAUAAAGAAGAUACAGAGCAGCUGCGUUUAAAGCAGAAAGCAAAAGAGAUGCAACAAUUAGAAUUUGCACAAAUGCAGCAGAGGGAGGCUAAUCGUGCAGCUCUGGAAGCCCUUGGGCCAAGAAAGAAGAGACCAUUGGAUUCGUCUAUUUCUUUUUCUGGACUUGAGGGCUUCAACAGAACGUCUAGUCUUACGAAACCAUACCUUUGGUCAAGAAUAACCCGAAUUUGUCUCAGGGACUUGAUUUUUUGUCUGGAACAAGAGAAAGAAACAAAGCAUUCUCUAAUCUUAUAUCAAGCUCUUCUGAAAUAGUGGCUAAUCUAAUUCUGCAUUUCAGCUUAUCAUACAUUGCCAAAGAACAAUUUGUUUGCACUAUCCUGAAGUCAUAUAUUACACAUAUGUUUGUAAAGUCGUCGUUGAAUGUAGGCAAUGCUGCCUGGACAUGUGGAAGGGAAAAGGCUUCAGGUGCCUGCUAAGAUACUGUAUUAGUAUAUAAAUCUGCAAUAUUAUUCCAUGAAGCGUGUGCCUUCUAACAUUGCAGUUAGUGAAGGAUGACGUGAUGAAUGUAUUUAAUGACAAACUAGCAGUUUGCUAGUGCAUAGCCUGCAGGAUUCAGCCUUUCUGUGUGUCCUAGAGAAACCACCUGGGAGCCAACUAAAAAGUGUCAAAAUGCAGGCUAUAAUUUCCUGCCUCAAAAGAAAGAUGGAGAAGAAAGAAUCCCUACUGGCAUUUUUUGUGUUACUAGUCCUACCAGACAGAUCUGCAAGCAAACUACAGUUGUAAAAGUUGGAGAAAGCAAUACUUGAAAAGUCAAAGUAAUUUUGUGGGACAGUUCAUAAGACAGUGGCCUAUCCAUUUUCAGCAUAAAAUGACUUCAUUUGCAUAUGUAUUUGCUUUUGUAUGUGUUUUUAAAGUGUCCUACACAGUUCAAGA